UCCACUCCUCACUGUGCGGGGAUACAGGUCUCUCGCUCAUUUGUCAUGGCGUCAGCCGCGUUCUUGAUUUACAGCGGGUGCAUGCCUCUGAUCAAAAUGUUCCUCACGAUAUUCUUUGGCUUCGUACUCGCCAAGAAGGAUCUCUUUCCCCCAGCGGCGUCCAGGGGAGCGUCGCAAGUUACGAUGAACAUCUCCCUCCCGUGUCUUAUCUUCGCGAACAUCGUCCCGGCAUUCACUCCCGCCAAUGUAGCGGCUAUUGGUCCGCUCAUGCUUCUUGCGUAUACUUACCAGAUACUCGGAUUUAUAUUCGGGUACAUAAUUCGCGAGAUCUUUUACGUCCCGCGCAAUUUCUGGCAAGGUAUAGUGAUUAUGUGUGGGAUGACCAACUCCAUUGUAACUAGCGUUACUACUCAGGCUCCGUUCGACCCCAACACAGAUCCCGAACUGGGAGUAUCUUUCGUGUCAAUAUUCAUCGUGUCGUAUCAUAUCACCUUUUGGGUUUUCGGGGGCGCGAAGUCGCUAAGCUGGGAUUACUUACCCGGAGUGCCUCAAGGAGAAGAGGCAGAGUGCCGUGUGUCCUGGAAAGAGAAGCCAAUCGGCGGUUGGAUCGCGCGGACGAUUCUUCGUCGUGACCCGCAUACUCAAACGCCAGCACAGGGCAAAGAGAAGGAAACAUUACAUACGCCUGACAUCGCUACGUUGGAGAACGAGAUACCCAUAGAUGCCAAGGAGACACCCGCUUUCGAGAAGCAUCCUAACGCAGAUCCGGACAUACAGCUGGUCAGACAGACAUCUCGUCUAUCUUCCACUUCCUUCCGUUCAAGACGGCUGUCUUCUGGCCAGCCCCAACUCCCAACUUUCAGACCACAGCCUCAACCGCCCUUCAGCGCCCGCUUCUUCGUCGCACCACUUCUGCUUAGAGUAUUUAAGCCUGUAUCUGCCGUCAUCACUCCGGUUACAGCCACACUGGCUGUUUCUCUGCCCAUCGCACUGGUCAAUCCACUGAAAGCCCUCUUCGUCCCUGUCUCAGGCGGACCGUCAUGGACUGGUCCCGACGGAAAGCCGCCUCUUGCCUUUAUCAUCGAUACAGCUACCUUCCUCGGAUCAAUCGCCAUCCCGUUGGCCUUGAUUCUCCUCGGGGCGUCAUUCGCGCGUCUCCGCAUACCCCGCCCCAUCUCCCGCCUCCCCAUCCCCGCGAUGCUCGCUGUGUCAGCGGCGAAGAUGUUCCUGCUUCCUGUCAUCGGCGUCAUUAUCGUCCAAGCCAUGGUGCACGGCGGCCUCAUAGACCGAAACGCUAGAGCCGAAAAAUUCGUGGGUAUGCUGCUGAGCGGCACCCCCGCUGCGGUGAAUCAACUGAUCGUUGCCUCGCUGUAUGCCCCCGAUGGGGAUGUUGAUACCCUUUCAGCGUUCCUGCUCGUUCAGUAUGUCCUGAUGUUCUUCUCAUCUGCCGCAUUAACAGCGGUCGCACUUCUUCUAUCGUGAAUGUCCAUGCUGAUGCACAUGGAAACAUCGGCCUUAUACGUCUACACAUCUCAGCUUCUAGACUGCAAAAUUACACUACUGCACGAUUCUUACGGUCGGUACGAUUCACUAGAAGUUCGGUCUCGCAAGGAACCGGCCAUACUAGAUGCGACAAAUACUGUAUACAUAGAGAUAAUGUAUUGCUACAGACCGUUCGUGUACACUGUAGAUGUAAUGCGGAUCAUGACAGGUCGUGACAUGUCAUAGACUACAGACAAAGACUCAUGACAGACCGGACCAC